UUAUAAAUUACAUAUUGUCUUCAAGAUGAUUGAGGAUCAAUAACUGCAAAACUUGUUUUGCCGACCUCUUUCUGAGCAAAGAUCUGUGAUGGAGGGAGAAGAGGCUUUAAUCCAUUUUAAUUGUUUUGUGCACUACCCAAGUUUCACAGAAGAAGGACUAGAGGUAGAAACGGUCGCAAGGGGAAACGGCAUCCAACUUCCUCCCAGCACACAACUUUCGAGUCUUGCAGCGAGCGUGUUGAGCGACAUGUUCCAAAAGCAAGAAAUAGAUGGUAAAAUUAUCAUGAAAGCGGACAACGCCAAAGUGUUGAUUCAAGUGCGUGACCACUGGAAACCACAUCCACUUGCAGACUUCACCUCAGCAGGUGACCUGGAAGUGACAUUGCUUGAUUCAUUUGGUGAGAUUCUAUUUGCCAAAGAUGCAGCAAUCAGCCUUCAUGUUCAUCUUUGUUAUGAUAAGGAUUGGGAUGAUCAAAAAGUCAAGACAGCUAUCAAGAAACUUCUAGAGUACUACAGCCAAACUCACCUAGAACGUAUGCUGUGUCCAUUUUCACAGGGCAUGCUGUCACAGAUAUCCAGAGACCAAUACCCUUGCCGUCUGUCAUCAGAAAAAAUAAAACUGUUUGCUGCAUGGUAUGAACAUUCUCAGCUGAGCAAAGAACAAGAGCAAGAUGGUUCAUCCUCACCUGGGAAGAAAAUGUUAGCCACUCUACGUGGAAAGAAAAUUGUAUUCAAUUCAACUGUUGAAAUUCCACUGCUUAGGAAAUGGUAUGAAGAAAACCCCAAGCCAGAUAUUAAAGAUCUGACAAGAUAUGCUGAAAUCCUAAACAACUUGGACCAGCGUAAAACAAGAGAACAAGUUCUAGCUCGACAUGUGAAUACAUGGUUUAAGAAUGAAAGAGCACGACUCAGGAGGGAGGGACUUCUGGAAGACUUGUCAAGACCUUCCAUGGUGGUAACUACUGGUACAUAGUU